UCUUGCAGUGGUUUGGCCAGGUAGCUUGAACCCAACCCUGUAGCUUGGGCUCUGAGAGUGAAGCCUCCAGGUCGUCAGCCACCCUGUCCCCAUGCACAGAGCUCCGGGGAGGUGCCGCCCAACUGUACCCAGGCGGAAGAGAGGAGAGGAUGCAGCAUCCCUCUAUCCCCACUGCUGCGUCUGCUCAGUGGACCGCCCCCUCAGACUUCCCGUGAGGUUCAGACUCUGCAGUCCCACUGCCUAGAGACUCGAGUCCAGCAAAGACACCCUGGGUUGCGUUUCCUCACGUCCUUGGUCCCUGCCUGCCCCACUCCCUAAGGCAGGUCCUGUUACCGCUUUCUAAUGAGGUGCCUCCUUACUGACCAACACCGUUGAGCAUGCUUGCGGAGGUUAAGCAGCGCCCUGAGAAUGCCUGGAUGUGCAGGCUUGAGAGCUGGCCUUCUAGCUUCCACCCUGUCUCUGUUCUCUGGACUCCACCACUCCUGAACCCCCUCAGCCUGGGUCUGUCUGCAGAGACUGGAUCUUCUUCCAUGGUUUGGUGUGUGGGCUAGCUUAAGGAUUCUCUACCUGAGAUGCACAAAGAAAUGUGGCCAGGACCAGUCGACACUGUACGCCGCGCUCUGCCUCCUGACGAGCCUGUGUGACACUGUGGGGGCUAUUCUGGCCAGACAGCUCACAAUCCAGGUGUUCACUGGGGCCUACCUAGCGGUCGUCGACUUCAUGACCUUUAUGUCCAUUCUCUUCCCUGUCUGUGGAUCCAAAUCCAAGGCGAAGUCUGGUCGGCGCAGCAGGGAGAGGAGAAGAAGGCAUCUUAGAGCCAGUGUCUUUGCCCUGGCUCUGCCGCUGAGCCUGGGUCCAGGCUGGGCAAUCUGGGCUGCUCUCCCAAAGGCUUCAGCUCCAGUCCGAGGGCCACAGAGGAGGCUGCUGGGAAGCCUUCUGCAGGAAAACCCGGAAGUCUUUGGCUACCUCUUGGGUGGCAUUGCUGCCCUUGGCUCCUGGGCAUCUCGGAUCCCUCCAUUCUCCAAUAUCUGUCGAGGGAAGUCACUCUCCUACAUCCACCUGUGGACUCGGUUCCUGUCAGCUCUGGCUGGCCUCCUCUACGCCUCGGCCAUUGUGGCCCACGACCGACAGCCCGACUACCUCCUCCAGGCCACACCCUGGUUCCUGAUUUCAUUGGGCCGAGCUGCACUGGACCUCGCUAUCAUCUUUCUGUCCUGUGUGAUAAAGAGCAGGGUGAGACGAGCCUUCAGAUUUGCUGCCGAGGCCAGAGAGAGCGCCGACACACAAGCCCUUUUGACCUGUGCAGAGAAGGAAGAAGAAAGCCAGGAGGCCAGAACCGAGGACAAGAAUUCAGAUUGGGUACCUCUCACCAGCCUGUCACACUGCAAGCCUCUGAGGACAAUGACGGCAAUCAGUCGAUACAUGGAGCUGACCAUUGAGCCUGCACAGCCGGCAGGCUGCAGUGCCACCAGGCUACCCGGUGACGGACAGACAAGCAGUGGCGAUGCCCCCUUGCAGGAGCCUCCCUCCUACCCUCCCAUCCAGGUCAUCCAGGCCAGAGUGUCCUCCAGCAGCUCUUCCGAGGUCUCCUCCAUCAACUCCGACCUGGAGCAGAAGUAUUGGGAAGCCCUAAACUCGGAGCAGAAAGUUCCUGGCCAUCCUCACAGGACAGAACAGGCCCCUGCUUCCACCAUGAGCCCCCGGCUCCGAGGUGGGACCCUGAAGAUGUCAACCUUGAAAGGAACAAGGACAACACGGAGCCCUUUAGAUCCCAGGUGCACAGGGCCUCCCUGAGCCCAGUGGACUUGACCUCUGAUGACUAGCAUCCUCAAGAGCCAGUCCAUCAGUUCAGAACUGAAGGUCAGGCAUCUGCCAGUGACUAGAUGGAGACUCACCUACAGUGCCACCCGUGGUAGGAGUGGAAGCCGCUGCAGGAGCCUCCCGGGGAGUGAGGAACCCCGAGCUGUUACCUAGCUUGGCUAGUCUACACCCUGGCUCAGAACAGAGCUAAGGCUGUGGCACGUGUGGACAGAUCUGCACAUGCCCAGUUUAAUCUAAUGAUUAGACUCUCACAGAUGGAGCCUGUUUGUAAAGAUAAGCUUUCUUCCAAAUGAAGCAGGAUCUACUCAUGAGAUUCAAGCAUAAAUAUUGUUCACCAAGAGCAACUAUUUGGAUCUCAGCAGGAUGCACUCUUCAGCACUCAACCAGGUGAAAAGAGUGGGUCCAGCAGCUAGGAGACCUGGGCACAUACACAGUAACCGGCUUCUGCCCUCUGGCCACUGAUGUACUGACGUAGCCGCUGCAUGUUAUAUAGGACUGCCUGGUUAACUGAUAACGUGGACUAUCACUGCCAGGGAAAGGGCAACCACUAUCUGAUCUUGAUAACAGGACUCCCUCCAGCUUGGCAAAGUGUGUGCUGAGGCUGGGUUUGCACAUGAUGGAGUCCUGAGUGUUUCAGCAGGUAACAGAAAGAACAAAGUGGAUAAGGGCACUGUGCAAACUGCAAUCACAGCAUGGCGAGGAUAUUCGAGAAUGAUUUUUUUAAUACUGUGACCAUGAGUGAGGAGGAAAGAGUGAAGGCAAAGGGGCCAGGCAGGAGCAAACACUGGAGUGACUCACUUUUGGUUGAAUGAAUUAAAAAAUGUCUCAUGGUA